AUGCAGUACUGGGAAGUUAAGGAGGAUCAACGGGUCGCCGCGCCAGUACCGGGUCAAGGUGUACAACAGGUGGUUCCAUCGGAGACCAAAUUUCCCCUAGGGGACCCGAAUUGGGACAUAAACGAUGCAAAUCAUCGGACUCAUUUGAUAGAUCUGAAGGAGAUGAUUUUGGAAGGAAUUAGACGGGCUGUACCCCAAAGCACCAAUCUCACCAAAGCUUUUGAGGUCAAUCAAAUGAAAGAGGAGUCACCGGGUGACUUCAUACAAAGGAUUAGAGACCAUUUGACUAAGUAUUCAGGGGUGGCCCCAGAUUCACCGGCGUUUGACAAUCUGCUAAAGAUGCAAUUCGUAACCAAGGCAUGGCCCGAUAUUCAAAAGAAAUUGCAGAAAAUGAACUGGCAAGACGCCGCCAUCAUAGAUCUA